AUGAGAGUAUUACUAGAAUCACAAGAGUUAUGGACGAUAGUGGAAGAGGGAUACUCCGAUCUGCCUACAAAUGCGUCUGAAAGCGAUCAGAAUAUUGAAAGGGAGAAGAUCAAGAAAGAUCGGGAAGCGUUACACAUAAUGUUUCAGGCUGUCAGUGAAACGAUAUUCGAGCGAUUGGCGACGUGUAAAACUUCAAAGGAAGCGUGGGAAAUUCUGCAUAAGGCAUAUAGGGGAGAGAACAGGGUCAAAACGGUAAGGUUACAAACCCUCAGAUGUGAAUUCGAUGCAUUAAAAAUGAAAGAUAGUGAAUCUAUAGAGGAUUAUAUUAAUCGGACAACGGUAAUAGUUAAUCAACUCCGUUUAAAUGAAGAACGGAUAGAGGAACAAAGGAUUGUAGAAAAAUUUUUAAGAAGUUUAACCCGGAAAUAUGAAUCGGUGGUUGUUGCCAUAGAAGAAUCUAAGGAUUUGAACGCAAUUUCCACUGAAGAACUCCAGGGAAUUUUACAAUCACAUGAAUUACGGUUGAAGCAAUAUGAUGAUGCACCAACCGAACAGGCUUUUCAAAUACAAAGCAAUCAAUAUGACAGAUCAAGACAGUCAAGAUCAGAAAACAGUAGCAGAGGACGGAGCAAGGGAAGAGGAAAGUUCAACAGUUCAAUACGAUGUUUCAAUUGUCAAAAAUUGGGACAUGUGGCACGCUUCUGCAAUAAGAGAAGUGAAGAUGAUAAAUCUAAUACAGCACUCAUACACACUGAUGAAACAGAAGACGGGAAUGAUGAGACUAUGUUCAUGAUAUUUAAUGUCGAAGAAGUUAUUAAAAAUGAUUGUUGGUAUCUUGACAGAGGGUGUAGCAAUCACAUGACGGGGGAUAAGAAUAUAUUUAUCACAUUAAACGAUUCCGAACGGCGUGAAGUAAGAACCGGAGAUGAUAAGAGAUUGGAGGUACUCGGCUGUGGAGAGGUACUGAUAAAGGUUAAUGUAGUGAGAGGGCUACCGAAAAUCAACAAGACACACACUGUGUGUGAAGGCUGCAUGUUCGGUAAACAUGCUAGGAAACCUUUUACCAAGCAUGCAACAUGGCGUGCAAAGGAGCCAUUACAACUUGUUCAUUCGGAUAUAUGCGAACCAAUGAGAACACUAUCAAUAGGAGGAUGCAAGUAUUUUAUAACUUUCAUAGAUGAUUUUAGCAGAAAGACGUGGGUAUACUUUCUAAAACUCAAAUCGGAAGCCUUAACCUACUUCAAGCAAUUCAAGGCUCUUGUCGAAAAUCAAAGUGACUACAGAAUAAAAUGUAUACGAACAGAUAGAGGAGGAGAAUAUUGUGGUAAUGAAUUUCAAGAAUUACUUAAGAAUAGUGGAAUUCGCCAUCAACUUACCACAAGUUAUACACCUCAGCAAAAUGGGGUAGCCGAGAGGAAAAACAGAACUCUUAUGGAGUUGAGUAGAAGUAUGUUAAAGAUGAAAGGUUUACCGAAUGAGUACUGGGCCGAGGCUAUCUCAUGUGCAACGUAUUUGCUGAACCGAGCAGCAACAAAGAGUGUAACCGACAAGACACCACAAGAAGCUUGGAGUGGAAGAAAGCCUAAUGUUGAGCAUCUAAGAGUGUUCGGUUGUGUAGCUUAUGCCCAGAUUCCGAAGCAGCAAUGA